AUGGGGAUCGAGCAGAGGGCGGCAAUCCUCCGCUCCACACCUCCCUCUUCGCCUCCUCCCAGUCCCCUCCAUCUCGAGCGAGUACUGCUCCUCCCCGUUCUGCAGUCCCCAGUUUCUGCCCCGCUGCGCUGCCCGCCAAACUCGCCGGCGGGUGUAUUUCCUCUCGAUCCUCCCACUCCAAUCCCCAGACCAAUCCCAGCCGCCCAGCCACGUUCUCGACCGCGUCGCUUCAAUUCCUAUCGCCCCAAUCGUCGUUCCCCUCCUCCGCCCUCCUCCUCCCCUAUCGGGCUCUUUUCUCUACCACCUCCCAUCCCCCGCACUCGUCUUCGCCCUAGCCCAUCGCAAUCCCAUCCACGUCCCCUCCACCGUACGCCUACCCUGGUCCCCUUCGCCUCGCCUCGCAUCGCGUGCACUCCCCUGUCCUCGCCCUCCUCCCGGCGACACACGUUCACGUCCACCACCAUCCAGCCAUCGCUGCCCAGGCACUCGCAUUUCCAAUCUCGCGCACAAAUCACUCCACCGCACCCGGUCCACCACGGAUGCAACAGUCAGACAACAUAA